CUGCCGGUGCUUCUCCAGAGCUUUGCUGACGUCCUCCUCGUGCUCCAUCUCGAUGAAGGCCUGACCCGUCGGCCUCCCCAGCCGGUCCACAGACAGAUGAAUCCCCCUCUCACCCUCACGGAUCCUACACUCUGAAACACGGCUGGUAGGCCGGCAGUGGAGGGUAUUCAUCCUCACAAGACGAUCCUGUCUGAAAGCUGAUUCCAUUCCAACUUCAGAAUACUUCCAGGAUCUGGUGGCAUCCUGCUGACUGCUCAGUGAUUGAGUCUUCAUUUUUCUGCUGCCUUUCCUGGAAAAUGACACUGAUCCUUUAUACCCUGUGUAACCAGGUUGAAAUAACAGAUAUAUUUUCAUAUAUGAAAUUCCACCAACUUCCAAAAAUUCAUGUAAAUAAUUGUUUUUUGUUUCCUCUUCUGUGUUUAAAAUGUAUUUCACUUUUCAUUGUUAUAGGAAUUAGUACUGUCUCUUUAAGAGGUUGCGUUUUGAUGAUGUCACAUUUGCGCCGGAAGUAAAGAGAAUACGUCGGAACGACGCGGGAGAAAACAGACAGACCGAAUGGGUUCUUUAUUUGAGGAUAGACAUUAACUUCGUGGUGAAGAUAGACAUGAGCUGGAUGGACAUUGUACGUCGGAGAUAGACAUGAAAUGAAUGAACAUUGUCUUCACGUAAAGGAAAGAUAGAGCAGCGGUAUGGACGCUUGAUUAAUGGAUGUUAUCUUCAUGCUAAAGAGAGACAGAGCGGUAAUAUGGACGCAUGAUUGACAUACAUCAUUUUCACGUUAAAGAGAGACGGGAAUAAAUGUUUAGCAACAUUCAACAGGCCAGUCUGUUUAUUUAUGCCACGACCAAGAAACAAAAGAACACAAUGCAGGACAAUAACAACUGGUGUGAAGGCAGAUUUUCAGAGGCACACACGCACACACACACACACACACACGCACACGCACACACGCGUUACAAUGGUGCCGUGACCCGGAUCAGUGGAAAUGUGGCCCGUUACAACGGUGCCGUGACCUUUCCAGGAUCGAUUUGAGGAGCGACGCCAGAUCGUUCACCGAGGUGGCGGUGGAUUGAGAAAGGAAUUUCUGUGCAACCCAAGGCUGUUGUUUUGUACCGCAUCAGCUCCACUCUACAUGCAUCAGAGGAGACAAACCAUCAGCGCCACGGAUCCUGAUGAGCCGCUCGCAGGACAUCGCUUCUUCUACGGUCUUGCACAGGAAGCUGCUGGAAAAGCCAACUUCUCUGUCAGUGACAACAAAGACAACACGGUCGGGAUCCUCACAUGGAGGAACAGCUACAGCAGCCUCCAGAAGAGUGUCUACCACAUCCCCGUGGUCAUUUCUGACGGAGAGUUCCCCAUGCAGAGCAGCACCAACACGCUGACCAUCAGGGUUUGCACCUGCGACCGUGAAGGCAACAUGAAGCUGUGCAACGCCGAGGCACUAACGGCGAGGGCAGGACUCAGCACCAGAGCCCUGGUGGCCAUUUUGCUUUGCGUCAUCAUCUUGCUCAUGAUCGUGGUGCUGUUCGCUGCCCCGAGGAGGCAGAGGAAGAAGGAGCCUCUGAUCAUCUCCAAAGAGGAUGUCAGAGACAACAUCGUCAGCUACAACGACGAGGGCGGUGGCGAGGAGGACACCCAGGCCUUCGAUAUCGGCACACUGCGAAACCCGGAGGCCAUUGUGGAGAGCAAACAGCGGCGGGACAUCAUGCCCGAGACCUUCUACCCUCCGGUCCGAUGGCCAGUUCUGCCCCCAACCCGGGACAAUAACGGGGACGUGAGAGACUUCAUCAACCAGAGGCUCCAGGACAACGACAGCGACCCGACAGUGCCGCCUUACGACUCCCUCGCCAACUAUGCCUACGAGGGCAACAGCUCGGUGGCGGAGUCCCUCAGCUCCCUGCAGUCGGUGACUACCGAGGGCGACCAGGACUACAACUACCUGAGCGAGUGGGGGCCGCGGUUUAAGAAACUGGCGGACAUGUACGGGGGCGACGACAGGGAUUCCUAACGAGAGCCUCGGCACACAGACAAGGAAGUAAUGUAGAAAACUUUCGGGCAGUUCUGGUGCAUGUGCGGUGAGUUAAAGGACAGAGGAAAGAGCUCGGUUUUGUCCAAAGCGCUCUUUCGCCACCUUCGACCACCAUUCAUUGUCCCUCCGGUGACCAGACGUAGGCAUUGUGUGUCCAGUCCGUGUUAGUUGCGUUUUUGCGAUCGCACAGUAAAAAGAGACUUUGUGUCGAGACUUUUUUGUGUGUGUAUAUGGGGUGUACACGAGGCCCAAAUAUAUCUAUACUGAUAUUUUUUUGUUUUAGUUUCUUUUGGUUCGUUUUUUUCCAAAGCUGCCUGUGAUGGACACACUCUACAAGCAGUUUUGUAAACCAACAGAUAUGCCUAUGUAUUUUUCAGUGUUUCUGGGACAAAAACAUGCUGCAUAUUGUGAGUUCUAUCUUAGCUUGUGUAUGUACAGUAACAUGAUACGAUACACUGUACAGUUGUUUUGUUUUUCUAGGGAUUUCUAUCUUCCGAACGAUCCCCCCCUUUUCAGCGACGGUUGCCUCACAUUAACCACCCUUGAGUUUGAGCCACGGGAAGAAUCUUGCACUGGAUUGGACGGGAGAGGAGCAAAAAGCGGAGAAUGUUCUUCAAAGUCGCGGUACAGGAUUGUGGGAUUUGUGGCUUCAGAAACGCACCACUUUGUCAUUUUUUCAGCUUCGAGCAUCCGCUGUGAGGUGAGCCCAAAUAGCAGAUAUUUCCUUCUUGAGCUGAAUGUCAUUAGAGCAGGUUUUUGAGAAGUGAAGUAUACAGCAGUGUUAUUUUCUACGCUACAAUAAAUAUUCUAGGCUCAGUUAGAGGAAAAUACUGGUCCUGUCAGCCUUUUUUUUUUGCUCACUUUACCCCACAAAUGUUGGAGGAUCAGUAAGUCGAAUCAGUGCCGAGACGACGCCGCUGAGCUUGAAACUACAGCAUCAAAUUACAUUAGUUACCAUUAAAAUUCAUUAUGCUGUUUUAUUUUCUUCCCCUAAAUGGUUUGUUUUAUCCGUUCAAGUGAUGAAGGGAAAACAGGAUUUGAAUCAGUGCAACAAGCAGCAGAAACAAGUAUUUCUAAUUUGAUUCUGUCUGUCUGUAAAGUCCCAUAAAUGAAUUAACAGUUGCCUUAAAUUCUAAAAUUACAAACUAGAUGUUCUCAUUUUUGGGGUCAGUCUUUUCUCAUCAGGAAAUAAAAUAUAAAUGUACCACAUGACCUUCCUUACUUUCAAGUUUUUCUUUUAGAUAAAAUUAAGGUUGGGUAUUGCUUGUAUUUGAUCGAUUCUGCUCAUCGAUUCCGGUUCUUACGACAAUCCUGCUUUCACAUUAAUGAUGUACUUUAUUAUAAUAUGUUACAGAAGGAGUUUCCCUGUAUUGAGUACUUUGAGUAACAGUUUCAAUGCAAGACUUCUACGAUGUGGGAUUAGUACUUCCAUCUUUGUCAACACUUAAAAAUUACAUGAAUUAAUGAAGUUACUGUGUUUUUUUACACAGCUGCAACUUAUGAGCCACUAAAACCGAUAAAUUCUAUGUAAAGCCAAAAAUUGAUGCCAACGCUACUGAAAUGAUGUUGAUCUGAAGGUGGAUGUUCAUCAAUGAAGAGAUGACACAGGUAGAUCAAAUUAAGAGUACAUUUAAUACGGACGAGCUCGUGAUUCAAGCAUCAUGCGGUGGAUGAAUGAAGAGAGUUACAAUGACUAGAUCUUUAUAGGUUUCAACAUCUGGCAUAGAUUAGAAUACAUUGCGUGAGAAGAAGAAAGAGAGAAAGAGGGAGCCAGGAGGUCCCUAGUCCCUUUAGGUUAACCCACAGGUCAACCUGUGAUGAAUGAUGGCUAAAGUAAACGUUUCAACAUAUGGUUUCAUUCUAUUUAACAUUCUUGAGCUAAAGAAAAUAUAUAGAAAGCACGUAUCCCAGAAAAACACAUACUAUCAGCUACGACUACAAGAACAGCAGUCUUGUUCUACAGAAUACAUAAAUUCCAACCUAUUCUCGGCCUCUGAAAGGACUAGAAAGUUGCAUAAUAACUAGUGGACUUCACAGUUUGAGAAACUUCGACUACUUUUACUGUAACAACAGUGAAGUCCAUUUGUUAAAAGUGGGGCUGGAACUAACGAUAACGUUCAGUCUCAAUUGUUUUCUCAAUCGAUUUGUAAUUUGAUCUCUAAAAUGUCAGAAUUUGGUGAAAAAACUGAAAAAACUAACAAUAACUUUGGUGAAACUAAUAAAUGAUCUAAAUAGUUGGCAAUUUAGUAGUUGCAGCUCUAUUUUUGUUGGCCAAAAGUUUAUGCAAGUUUGAAUCUAAUGUUGGUUGGCGGAUUAGUUGACAACUGAUCAAAUAGUGUUUACAGCUCUGCUUUUGUUUUUUUUUUUCAAUUGUUUAAAAUACAGAAAACAACAGCAGUGUAGCUUCCUAACAUUGGCUGUGUUGCUUUUAAUGUAACUCAGUGUUAAAGGUGGACCCAUUGGGGGCCAUUCAUCGAUCUGCUUUGUAAACCGUGAUAUUUUGUACUGAAUAUUUAUAUGACACAAUUAAAUAUCUUUAAAAAUC